UGCACGUGGCCACCGCUACUCCCCCACAGGCGUGGCGCGGAGGCGCCCCGAGAGAGACGUGGACUGGGUCGUCGCGCACGUCGGCGAGGCGAUGUGGGCCGGCUCGCGGCCGGUCGCCAGGGGCGAGCUCGAGGAGACCGCGGGCCAGGCUGCCACCAGCAUCAUCCGGCUGGCAGGGAGACAUGGGUUCCGCUUCCCCGACGGGCUGCCUCCGUUCGGCCCCGGCAGUUCGAGCAAGACGUUGUUGCGCCUCGCCUGGCUGCUGCACAGCGCGCACGCCGCCCUGUGCGUCCUCUUCGGGGUGCCCACCCCGGACGAGCCGGCAAGGUGCAAGCACGGGACCGCGAUGCGGACGGUGCGGGGAGCCCUCGAGCAGGCGGCCAGGGUGCACGGCGCCAACAAGAUCGUCUCGCUCUCCCACUUCUCGUGCGACGUCGUGCCGGCCGGGCUGGGCGGCCCCGCACCGGGAGCAGUACUGCAAGUGCGCGCAGCCGGGCGUCACGAAGGUGUUCGCGAUGUCUGGCAGCUGCACCUGCCUGUGGUGGGCGCUCGGCGGCGAUGCGGAGGAGAUUGUUUAUUCAAUUCACGACGGCGGAUUAUACCACAUCGUUGGGCCCGCCCCUUCUCAAACCAACACUUUGGUCGAUUGGAGUUGGACCGGGACCCUCUGCUGGCUUUUUCAGUGCUGCAAUAG